AAACUUUUAAUUUCUUUCCGACAAGUCAAAAUAGGUCGCAUAAUACGCUUCGCCCCACAAUUGGGGCGCUUCCUUUCUCAAUUUACUCGAACGUUCAAUGCUAUGGUGACUGAGGUUGCUCAAAACGGCGAGGCCUCUGCGCCUGCACCCCGCGAGAAACUAUCGGGGAGACAAUUUUAUGAAAGUAUUGGGAGUCCAAAGUAUAUUGUUGCUCCGAUGGUUGAUCGCUCAGAGUUUGCCUGGCGCAUGCUCACUCGUUCCUUCAUGCCAGCAGACGACCCGAAGCCUUUGCUAGCCUAUUCUCCUAUGUACCAUGCGCGCCUUUUUGGUGAAGUAGCGCGCAUGCGAUCUCAACACUUCCAACCAACCCGUACAACCAGUGGGAAUCCGGAGGAGUCAAAUGAAUUGUUCCUCGACGGCAAUCCAAAGAUCGAUCGGCCGCUAUUCGUCCAGUUCUGUGCCAACGAUCCAGAUGAGUUCUUGCGGGCUGCAUGUAUUGUGGCUCCGUACUGUGAUGCGGUGGACCUGAACCUGGGUUGUCCACAGGGCAUCGCUAGGAAGGGCCACUACGGUGCCUUCCUUCAAGAAGACUGGGAUCUGAUCUAUAAGCUCAUCAACAAGCUUCAUAAAGAGUUAGAAGUGCCGAUAACUGCCAAGUUUCGCAUUCAAGAGACCAAGGAGAAAACGCUUGAGUAUGCGAAAAUGAUUCUCUCCGCUGGUGCGAAUAUCAUCACUCUUCAUGGACGCAGGCGGGAGCAAAAGGGCCACGAGACAGGCUUAGCUGAUUGGAGCUACAUUCGCUACCUGCGCGAUAACCUACCAAAAGAGACUGUCAUUUUCGCCAAUGGUAACAUUCUCAAUUACGAUGACCUUGAGCGUUGCCUCGAGGUAACAGGCGCUGACGGCGUAAUGAGCGCGGAGGGAAACCUCUCCGACCCAACAAUCUUUAGCAAGCCACCCCCGAUCGGCAGUGAAGGGCGCGAGUAUUGGCGAGGCCGUGACGGUCAAGGUGGUUACAGAAUCGAUGCAAUCUUGCGACGAUACCUGGAUAUUAUCUACAAAUACGUUCUGGAAGAACCAGCCCCUGAAAGAAAACCACUUUUCCUGCCUUCGGAUCCUGUGGAGGAGACAGAGAUCUCUCAGACAGAAGAUCAAGAUAAUGAAGAUGAAGGCGGCCCACCACGAAAGAAGCAGAAGCGAAGCAAGAACAAAAAUAAAAAUAAAGAUAAGAAACCCAUUUCUGCCAGUCUGGGCGUCAUGCAAGGCCACCUUUUCCAAAUGCUUCGACCUAUGGUCUCAACUCACACCGAUGUACGGGAUGCACUUGCUAUGUCGCGUCCCGGGGACAUGUCUGCCUUCGAAAAUGUUUUAACUCUUGUGGAGAAAGCCAUCAAGGGUGGAUUACAGGAAUACGAGAUAUCACCAGAGAAGUUUGAGAAAUCAAAAGACGCCACCCUUACUGGGUCAAAGGCCACCAUCGCGGAGUAUGGACGGCCCUGGUGGGUUUGUCAACCUCACGUGCGACCCCUGCCAGAGGAAGCUUUGGAGAAUGGAGCCUUGACUGCAAAAGGCAAGGUGCCAAAGACCAAGGAAGAAAAACAGUCGGUAGAUGACGAUGCUCCGAGUUCCACAGAGAACGACAUUCUGCUCAAUGGUAUUACCACUGACACCGCAACUAUUACCCCUGACGCCCUUGUGAGUGGUUAA